AUGGGUGAUUGUGGGAACUACAGUCAAAUAACGGGUGAUUUUGGGAACUACAGUCAAAUAACGGGUGAUUUUGGGAGCUACAGUCAAAUAACGGGUGAUUGUGCGAACUACUGUCAAAUAACGGGUGAUUGUGGGAACUACUGUCAAAUAACGGGUGAUUGUGGGAACUACAGUCAAAUAACGGGUGAUUGUGGGAGCUACAGUCAAAUAACGGGUGAUUGUGCGAACUACUGUCAAAUAACGGGUGAUUGUGCGAACUACUGUCAAAUAACGGGUGAUUGUGCGAACUACUGUCAAAUAACGGGUGAUUGUGCGAACUACUGUCAAAUAACGGGUGAUUGUGCGAACUACUGUCAAAUGACGGGUGAUUGUGGGAACUACAGUCAAAUACCGGGUGAUUGUGGGAACUACAGUCAAAUAACGGGUGAUUGUGGGAGCUACAGUCAAAUAACGGGUGAUUGUGGGAACUACUGUCAAAUAACGGGUGAUUGUGGGAGCUACAGUCAAAUAACGGGUGAUUGUGCGAACUACAGUCAAAUAACGGGUGAUUGUGGGAACUACAGUCAAAUAACGGGUGAUUGUGGGAACUACAGUCAAAUAACGGGUGAUUGUGGGAACUACAGUCAAAUAACGGGUGAUUGUGGGAACUACAGUCAAAUAACGGGUGAUUGUGGGAACUACAGUCAAAUAACGGGUGAUUGUGGGAACUACAGUCAAAUAAAGGUUGAUUGUGGGAACUACAGUCAAAUAACGGGUGAAUGUGGGAACUACAGUCAAAUAACGGGUGAUUGUGGGAACUACAGUCAAAUAACGGGUGAUUGUGGGAACUACUGUCAAAUAACGGGUGAUUGUGGGAACUACAGUCAAAUAACGGGUGAUUGUGGGAACUACUGUCAAAUAACGGGUGAUUGUGGGAACUACAGUCAAAUAACGGGUGAUUGUGGGAUCUUAAGUCAAAUAACGGGUGAUUGUGGGAUCUUAAGUCAAAUAACGGGUGAUUGUGGGAACUACAGUCAAAUAACGGGUGAUUGUGGGAACUACAGUCAAAUAACGGGUGAUUGUGGGAACUAUAGUCAAAUAACGGGUGAUUGUGGGAACUACAGUCAAAUAACGGGUGAUUGUGGGAACUACAGUCAAAUAAAGGUUGAUUGUGGGAGCUACAGUCAAAUAACGGGUAAUUGUGGGAGCUACAGUCAAAUAACGGGUGAUUGUGGGAACUACAGUCAAAUAACGGGUGAUUGUGGGAACUACAGUCAAAUAACGGGUGCUUGUGGGAACUACAGUCAAAUAACGGGUGAUUGUGGGAACUACUGUCAAAUAACGGGUGAUUGUGGGAACUACAGUCAAAUAACGGGUGAUUGUGGGAACUACUGUCAAAUAACGGGUGAUUGUGGGAACUACAGUCAAAUAACGGGUGAUUGUGGGAACUACAGUCAAAUAACGGGUGAUUGUGGGAACUACAGUCAAAUAACGGGUGAUUUUGGGAACUACAGUCAAAUAACUGGUGAUUUUGGGAACUACAGUCAAAUAACGGGUGAUUGUGGGAACUACAGUCAAAUAACGGGUGAUUUUGGGAACAGCGAUCCCCCAACAAGACUGUCAUAUAACUGUUGCUUUACUGUGAAUAUAAAAGCUUUUCAUCAAGGUGUAACGUGUAUUCCAGCACAUUAG